AUGAACGGCGGCCAGGGACGCACUCAGACGGAGGCGGGUAGUGGACCUGGGGUCGGUAAAGGGCCCGGCGGCGCGGGAGCCCAGCUGUCGCUCAUCACGCCGCCUGAGAAACCAGCUCAGAAGCUACAGAAAGUGUUGAACCUUGAGCGUGUUGAGGCUUUGGAUGUCUGGCUCAAAGCAACCAACACAAAAGUGACCCAAGUGAAUGGCCAGAGGAAGUAUGGAGGACCACCUGAAGCGUGGGACGGCCCCACCCCAGGAGUUCGUUGUGAGGUUUUCAUCAGCCAGAUCCCGCGGGACGCCUACGAGGACCUGCUGAUCCCUCUGUUCAGCUCCGUGGGGCCGCUCUGGGAGUUCCGGCUCAUGAUGAACUUCAGCGGUCAGAACCGCGGUUUUGCUUACGCCAAAUACGCCACGGCGGCCGUAGCCACCGACGCCAUCCGCCUACUGCACGGCCACAUGCUGGAGCCGGGGCUGCACCUCUGUGUCCGCCGCAGCACGGAGAAGAGACACGUGUGCAUCGGAGACCUGCCGGCCUCCACCAAACAAGGGGACUUGCUGCAGGUGCUGCAGGUGCUGGUGGAGGGGGUGGACAGGCUGUCCCUGAAGGCCGGGCCCGGCAUCGAGGGGGUGACGGCCAUCGUGGCCUUCACGUCCCACCAUGCAGCUUCCAUGGCCAAGAAGGUGCUGGUGGAAGAGUUCAAGAAGCUGUUCUUCCUCAACGUGUCCAUCAAGUGGCACUCGGAGAAACUGCCCCAGGACGAGCCGCGUCCCCAGAAAGCUCCGAGGCUCCAGCCGCUCUCGUCCCCGUCCCCGUCCCCCCAGAGCCAGCACUCCCUGCCCCCACCCCCCGGCCCGUUCCCCUCCGCCCGGCCGCUCUUCUGCCGGGCGGUGGGGGGCCCCAUCGCCCCCCAGCAGGCCCGGCCGGCCCGCCCGGCCUCCCCGUCCCCGGUGCUGCUGCUCCGCAGGAUGUGCGAGGCCACCGGCCUCGGCCAGCCGCUCUAUGAGAUCCGCUACAGCCACCCCGGCUCCGACGGCUUCAUGCACUUCAACUACAAGGUUCUGAUCCGCGGGGCCGGCCCCCCCUUCAAGGGCUGGGUGGCGGUCCUGCCAGAACCCAGCGCCGGGUCCAUGAUGGACGAGGCGGAGAAGGCUGCGGCCCAGCAGGUCCUCUACAAGAUCUACAGCCAGCAGCUGGCAGACUGA